AUGUCUCCGUUUAGGAGCAGACAGGAAUACACAAACAGGUCAAACUUUUCCCCAGUGCAAAUUGAAAUAAAACUUCAAGAAUCUGAUGACGAAUGUGAUCUUGUCAUUGAUGUGCCACCACAACCUGUUAAUAAAAAGCCAGAAAUACGUAGGAACCGUACAAAGGGGAACAGGGACAGAGAACUGGCUGCUGUAAUACGUGAAGAAAAAUUAUGUGUUAGUACUAUAGCAGACAUUUUUGAGUGUACAGAAGAAAAAUCAGAGAAAAUGUUCACUCUGUGGAAGAAUAGCAAAGGUUUAAAUAAGCGUGAAAUACCAGGCAAUGUUUUUCCAAAAGCAAAUGAGAUUUAUUUGCCUGAAGUAGACACUGAUACAUUGAAGGUUUUGGAGGAAGGAGAUGCCCUUGCUUAUACUGAUGAGAAACAUACAUCUUCAGCUGCUUCUGUUGAGGCAGACAUGCAGAAGGGAAUUCUGAAGCAACAGAAUGCAGAAACGUAUAUGUUGGUUGAAGCAUUUGUUCAGGAGCAUACUAUUAAUGAAGACUGUGUGAGCAGUGGAAGAGUAACACGGUCCAUCUUGUCUACUGGUCACUUGUCGAAAGAUGAAAGUACAACUGGAAGACCUUAUAAAGAAAUAAUAAAUAUAGAGGAAAGCCAGAGCAUAGAGGCCAUGAAAGAAGAGCAAUCUGUUUAUGAUCGUUGUGGCAGUAAAAAAAUGUACCUGAAUCUUGCUGUGAAGACUCUCAAGAAGCUGAGGGAUCAUGGGCAACUUUGUAACAGCAGAUCUUCCAGUGGUGCUGGAUCCAUGAAGUCAGAGGACGAGAAAGCAUUUACAGGCAAUGCUUUAUAUGAACUUUUAACAAAUUAUCUUCUGACUGAGGAACAACUGAAGGAAAAUAACUUCCCUCGACCAAAUCCUGAAAAAAAUGGCCAUGCUAUACUUAGUGGGGUUCUAAGAAAUACUGUAUAUGAUGCUUUCAAAAGGUUGUGCUGUAGGUGUGGUGAAGUAUAUGCUGUUACUGCUUCAGGAGAACAUAGACGUAAAGAAGAAUGCAGCUAUCAUUCUGGUAGAGUAUUGGAACAAAAAGUUCCUGGUGGCAUGGAAAAACGCUAUAGCUGCUGUGAUAGAGCAGUUGGGUCUGAUGGAUGUCAGAUUGCAAAGCUUCAUGUUCAUGAUGGGAAAAAGAAGAAAUUGGAAGGCUUCAUGAAGACAUUAAUUAAAUCGCCACCUGUUGAUGGAAACUAUGGUGUAUAUGCUCUAGACUGCGAGACGUGUUACACAACCCAUGGCUUGGAACUAAUUAGAGUGGCAGUGGUCAACGCUAAGCUACAGGUUGUAUAUGAUACAUUUGUUAAACCAGAUGGUAAAAUUGUAGACUACGAUAAAAGACUCUCUGGAGUAACAGAGAAUGAUCUGAAGAAUACCACAACAUCUCUUCGGGGUGUACAGGCAAUACUGCUAAACUUGUUCAGUGCAGAUACAAUUUUAAUAGGACACAGCUUGGAAGAUGGCUUAUUUGCUCUCAAGCUAAUUCAUGACAGAGUAGUGGACACUUCAGUGGUGUUUCCUCAUUGGCAAGGUUUGCCUCACAAAAGACAACUUACAAGUCUGGUGGCUGACUACCUCAGGAAAAUUCGUCAAGAUGACGUUUGUGGUCAUAAUUCCAGGGAAGAUGCAAUUGCUUGUAUGGAACUAAUGCUUUGGAAGGUCAAAGAGGACAAUAAAAAGAGAAAAUGGUGA